AGUAAUUGUCGCCCUGAGGGUGGUAGCGGAGUCCAGUGGAAGCCUCAGAAGUUGUUCUGCCUCAGUAGGCCACAGAAAGGCCUAGGACUUUGUGCUCUAGGGUCACAGAGCAGGGCCCUUUACGUUGGGCCUGGCCUGAAGCACACUCUUGGGGACUGAGUUUGUUUGAAGAGGUACACUUGGAAGGGGCUGGUUUCUGAGCUCCUCCCCGUGUCUGCUACAGCCCCAGCAGCCCCGUGCAGAUUCUUGAAGAGCCCGCCUACUUCUACCCGGACUUGCAGCUCUAUUCCGGGAGGCAUGAGGCACCUACUUUGACAGUGGAGGCAAGCGGAGGCCUAGGGGGAAAAAGUGUGGAGGACCCUCUCUCCAACUUCCACUCCCCGAACUUCCUGAGGCCCCCAGAGGUGGAGAUGAGAGGUUCUGAGGAUGUGGCCGCUGGAACAGUGUUACAGCGGCUGAUCCAGGAGCAGCUGCGCUAUGGCACCCCGACCGAGAACAUGAACCUGCUGGCCAUUCAGCACCAGGCCACGGGGAGUACAGGGCCAGCCCACGCCACCACCAACUUUUCUUCCACGGAAACCCUCCCUCAAGAAGACCCACAAAUGGUCUUCCAGUCAGCCCGCCAGGAGCCGCAGGGUCAAGAACACCAGGGGGACAGUACGGUGAUGGAGAAGCAGGGCCGCUCCGCUCAGCCUCAGCAGAACGAUGAGGAGUUGCCCACGUACGAGGAGGCCAAGGCCCAGUCUCAGUUCUUCAGGGGACAGCAGCAGCAGCAGCAGCAACAGCAGCAGCAGCAACAGCAGCAGCAGCAGCAAGCGCAGGGGCCCCUCGGCCACACUUAUUACAUGGCCGGAGGUACCAGUCAGAAGUCCCGCACAGAGGGGAGGCCCACAGUGAACCGGGCCAACAGCGGACAGGCACACAAGGAUGAGGCCCUGAAAGAACUAAAGCAGGGCCACGUCCGAUCCCUCAGCGAGAGGAUCAUGCAGCUGUCACUGGAGAGGAACGGAGCUAAGCAGCACCUCCCGAGCUCGGGAAAGGCCUUCAAAGCCGGAGGAGGGCCGUCCCCAGCCCAGCCUGCCUGCAAAGCGCUGGACCCUCGUGGUCCUCCACCCGAAUAUCCCUUCAAGACAAAGCCAAUGAUGUCCCCAGUCAGCAAGAACCAAGACCACGGACUUUACUACAGUGAACAGCACCCUGGAGUGCUCCAUGAGAUGGUCAAACCUUACCCUGCACCUCAGCCUGCAAGAACAGAAGUGGCCGUCCUGAGGUAUCAGCCACCACCAGAGUACGGGGUCACCAGCCGGCCAUGCCAGCUUCCCUUUCCAUCAACGGUGCAGCAGCACAGUCCCAUGUCCUCUCAGACGUCCUCCGUCAGUGGACCGCUGCACUCCGUCUCCCUGCCUCUGCCUCUUCCCAUGAGCCUGGCUGCUGCUCCACAGCCUCCACCCGCCUCCCCUAGCCAGCAGCUUGGACCAGAUGCCUUUGCAAUCGUGGAGCGAGCCCAGCAGAUGGUGGAGAUCCUCACAGAGGAGAACCGUGUGCUUCACCAGGAGCUUCAGGGCUGCUAUGACAAUGCCGACAAGCUUCACAAGUUUGAAAAAGAGCUGCAGAGGAUCUCAGAAGCCUACGAGAGCCUGGUCAAGUCCACCAGCAAGCGCGAGUCUCUCGACAAGGCAAUGAGAAACAAGCUGGAAGGCGAGAUCCGGAGACUUCACGACUUCAACAGAGAUCUCCGAGAUCGGCUGGAGACAGCCAACAGGCAGCUGUCCAGCAGGGACUAUGGUGGGCACGAAGACAAAGCUGCGGAAGGCCAGUUCCUGUCCCAGAACAAAGAAUUCUUGAAGGAAAAGGAAAAGCUGGAAAUGGAGUUGGCAGCAGUGCGGAAUGCCAGCGAGGACCAUCGGAGGCAUAUUGAGAUCCUGGACCAGGCUUUGAGCAAUGCCCAGGCCAGAGUCAUCAAACUGGAGGAAGAGUUACGAGAAAAGCAAGCCUAUGUGGAGAAGGUUGAGAAGCUGCAGCAGGCCCUGACCCAGCUGCAGUCUGCAUGCGAGAAGCGGGAGCAGAUGGAACGCAGGUUGCGGACCUGGCUGGAGAGGGAGUUGGAUGCUCUGCGGACCCAGCAGAAACAUGGAAAUGGUCAGCCAGCCAGUCUCCCCGAAUAUAAUGCCCCUGCCCUCAUGGAACUCGUACGGGAGAAGGAGGAGCGGAUUCUAGCCCUGGAGGCUGACAUGACCAAGUGGGAGCAGAAAUACCUGGAAGAAAGCACCAUACGGCACUUUGCCAUGAGUGCUGCUGCCGCUGCCACCGCCGAGAGGGACACCACCAUCGUCAACCACUCGAGGAACGGCAGCUAUGGGGAGAGCUCGCUGGAGGCCCACAUCUGGCCAGAGGACGAGGAGGUGGUGCAGGCCAACAGGAGGUGUCAGGACAUGGAGUACACAAUAAAAAACCUCCAUGCUAAAAUCAUAGAGAAGGACGCCAUGAUAAAAGUCCUUCAGCAGCGAUCCCGUAAGGAUGCUGGGAAGACAGACUCUUCCAGCCUACGGCCUGCCCGCUCUGUCCCAUCCAUUGCUGCAGCCACUGGGACGCAUUCCCGCCAGACUUCACUUACCAGCAGCCAGCUGGUGGAAGAGAAGAAGGAAGAGAAGACCUGGAAGGGGAGUAUAGGAUUCCUGCUGGGGAAGGAGCAUCAGGGACAGACGUCUGCCCCUCUGCUGCCCACCACACCCGCCUCUGCACUGUCCCCGCCGGCUUCCACCGCAUCAGCCAGCAGCACCCACGCCAAGACAGGCAGCAAGGACAGUAGCACGCAGACCGACAAGAGCACUGACCUCUUCUGGCCCAGCACGGCUUCUCUCCCCAGCCGUGGCCGGCUGAGCACUGCCCCUUCCAACAGCCCCAUUCUGAAACAUCCAGCUGCCAAAGGAACCAUGGAGAAACUGGAGAACUCCCCUGGUCAUGGGAAGUCAGCAGACCACAGAGGCCGUGUUAGCAGCUUGCUGCACAAGCCUGAAUUCCCGGAUGGGGAGAUGAUGGAAGUGCUCAUCUAGCCUCGUCCUGUGGAGUUUCACACCGGCAUGCUGUCAGGAAAGAUGGCUGGAAGACGGGAAGAUCUAGAUGGAAAACCAGGACAGGUGUGAACACUUCAUAAUGUUACAAACAGCCGGCUCGCAGGACUGCAGAGAGGGGAAGGAAGAUGUGUGCAGACUUGGAAGCAGAGUUGAGAAGAAAUAGGAGUGGGAUUUUCCAUUGGAGAGAAGUUGUAUGUCUUGGGGAGGCUCCAUUCUUGGCUUAUACACAGAUGAAGAAGAGCUGGGCCUUCCUUGGAAUCCCCCCAUUCCCUUUGCCUCUUAGCAGGUUUAUUUCAAGAAGAAUCUGCUAGAAAUCCUGAACACCCAUCUUGGCAUAAUGUGGUGUUUCUGUGCCAUCAUGGGGUCUCUCACACACACACACGUGUGUGUGUAUGUGUGUGUGUGUGUGUGUGUGUGUUGAGUGUGUGUGUGCCUGCCCUUUGAAGAUGCAUCCAGGGUAAUGGGGAAUUCCACAGGCAAGUUUUGUCACCUACUUGGCUGUUUGGUUUGUGAUCUCAGUGUGAAGUUUUGCUUGUCUGGAUUGAGUGGUAUUUCUGACAGGAUGGGAGUGUGGUGACCGUGGUCCUCACCCACCCUAACUUCUAGGAUCUUGUUUGUUUAUCUCUGCUCUACUUCCUUACUUUAUUUUGUUGUAUUUUUUUUUCUGUUUACUGAGACAUAGCAGAUUUCCUCACAUGUGGGACUUAGGAGACUGUCAUCUUUGCUAUGGUGUCCAGUGGGACAGAGGCUCAUGCUGGUACCCUGAUUGCCCCCACCCCCAGCUUUGCUUAGCUAAAGUGUGGCUGUUAAUGUCACUGUGAGCCAGGGAGGCCUGGAUGAGGGGGAGCAGGAGUUCAUGAGUCACUGGCAUCACAUCAUGCCUCUGCUUGGAUUUUUCACUCCCAUCCCCUCUCUUGCAAGACACUUGACAGUUCCACCCCAUGGUCCCGUUGGGAAGACUUUGGUAUGAACCGGUGCUGCGGGUACCCAAUGGUGGCUUUCACACAGCUUUCCAGGCAGCUCCCAAGAUCUUGCCAGGCCUCCUGGGCCACUUUCUCAUAUUUGAAGCUUUUGGGUCUGUUCAUUGCUCUCCCCUGGUUGCUGUUGGUAAGCAAACAGCUUCCGUGAUCAUUUUCCUUUCCUGUGAGCUUGCUGUGUAACCCAAGAUUGAUCGAUACGCAGUGUGGCCAGCAUCUAACAAGGGGCACAGCUUACCUAGAUAAGGCAGCAGUAUCAUGGAAAUGAGCCCCCGUGAGUGAGGGCCAGGCCCCUGAGGGUGCUGCCAUAGUAAGGGCUCAUGUGCAUUGCCGUGGACACUGGCUGCCAGCAGAGCACAGGAGAAGCUGUCCAGGGCACAAGUGGCCCUUCAGGCUCCCAGACUAUCCAAGUCCAUUUCCUCAUCACUACUUUUCCCUCAAGGGAAGAAAGAAAUGCGGUAUGUCUUUGAUUCUUAACCCAAGCACUGAAGGACUGCAUGCAGGGGGAGCUCUGUUUGGGCCAUUUGUUCCAGGACUCGUCCCCAGGGCAACGCCUGGGUGAAAUGAUGACCUCCCAGGCUGAGGUGGUGCAUGGGUUAUGAGAGGGGUAGCCUGGAGAACAGCUCAGAACAGAAGAGGAGAGCAGAGGAGAUGCCAGCGGUCUUGUCCAAUACCUGAGCCAUCUGACAGGACACAGAAGGUGGGGCUGACCUCUCCCUGCUCCGCGUGGCAGUGGGCACCAGGCGUAGAGCUCCCACCCACUCCUUAUCUCUUCAGUCUCACGUCUCUGGCAGCCUGGGUGCUGAGCUUGCCCUGUGUGCUGUGGGGGAGGGGUGAGAGACCGUGUAGGGGAGUCUGCCAGCUGAGAGGGACCGGAGGAUGGAUGCCUGCGGGAGUGGGGACUGUUUAGAUAGGGCGUGGAGUUGACGGCAGCUAACUGUCUUAGGAGCAUGUUGUCUCCAGUUAAUGCUGGAAACAAACCAGAGAGGAAAGUUAGGGAGGUCUUCCAGCCCUGUACUAUAUCUGCACCCCCUAAACUUAGGCUGUCUCCCAGCAUAGGGGUGAAGCAUGGCCCAGUUUACUCAAAGUCUAGUCUGAGUGUUCCAGGCACACUGCACACUUGGGCAGAAGACCCCUGUUCCAGCCAACUGUCAACAUUUCAGUUGUCAAAACACAAAAGGAAUGUGGACAGUUUGGGGCUUUAACUCCACGAGUACUGUGGCUUUUGUCCAAGACUCCAUGUUGAGAGAGAAGAUGUGGCUUUAAGGCCAAGGCCUUCAGUCUUCCCUUGCAUAAUUCUUUGAAACCUACAGGACAGAGGAGCUAUAGCAUUCACAGCCAUUGCAAGCUGAGGUGUUCAUAGGAUCUGAUCUCGCUUAACCCUGAGAACAGCGUGCAAGGACCAGAAACAGUGCCUGUAACUGGUAACAGGACCAGGUUGACACUCCUGGUUGCACACACAGACGCAGAAACUGGACUCACGAGGCUUAUAGCCCCUCUCCAACCUUUCAAGCAGAUGCGAGGCCUUAGAGACGUAGGAGUCUCAGCUGCAGGCUGCACAGUCCUGAGCAUGAUGUGCGGAGCUGUGCCUGAUGCUUUGUGGCCCCACGUGUGAUUCUUGUGUGCACAGGGACACUGUGCACCUCUUGGGGCCUGAGAACAGGACGAAGCCCAAACCACCUGUUGCUAUCCAACCCAGCGUUCUCAUAUGGAGACAGGAGUCUUCACGUUCUGUCAAAAAGCACAACCCACACAGAGCAGCAGUCUAGCCUUCAGGUCUCCCGGGGUGUCUGGUUGUAGAACCUGAGACUUGUCUUGGGGUAAAGGGCAAAGGCUGUGGCUUUGAUGAUGACUUGACAGCAUCCUGCUUUGUCCUGGAGAGGGCAGUGCGGUGACGUCUGCGUGUCUCCAGGUAUCAUGUGGGACGUGAGGGGUAUUGGUCAGGUCUCUGCCACUGUGGUUUCAUUAAAUAAAUGAUUCUGUAUGUAAGAACUCUUCCUGUCUGGAGGUCCAUAGCACUAAGCUGCCAGGAGAAACACAUUAAUUUUCACAGAAUUAAGAGUGAGCUGAACACUUGACAUUGUUCUCUGUCUCCCAGAAGGUGGUGCCAUCGGCUGUAGUGUCCAACGUGUCUCCACUGUGCCUCCAGUGCCUAUUCUGUCCCCAGCUUUCCUUAGGGGAGGGGACAGGGAUUGGUAAGACCAGUCUUGUUCAGUCCUGCAGAGGUCUCUCUUUGGAGCCCAAGUAGCUUUGAGUAGAUUUCAAGAAAGUUGCUCCAAGUGAGUUCUGACCUCAGAACAGAGAGUCCAGUGUUCUACCCUCAGGAAGGAAGCUCCAGUGUCCCCUGCGGAGAGGCAAGUGUCCUAUUUGCUGUCCCCUGCUUGGCCUCAGCCACCUGCACAUACUCAGUGUAGUGGCUGAAGCUCCUCCUUCCAAGAGCUGAUGAGCUGAAUCCUCCCCUUUCUGCAACCUGUCAAGUCCCAGAGACUUGUGUGAACAGUCAGAUAAGGCUGAAGUCCCAGAGACAGUGACAAUGACAGUGACAACAAGGGACUUCCAGGCAGAUCUCUCCUGUGUGGGCUGCAGAGAGCUGUGCUGGUGGGAGGGCUCGCUCUGCAAGCGUGAGGCCUCUUUCUUGUCUGCGCGAGUGGGUGCAGACUUUCCCUGUGUUCUCCGGGUGAUCACACAUCCCUUUUAGCCAAAGGAGUCUCGUGGACAUUGGAAGCAAGGUCUGACAAUGUUCUUAAAUGGUGAAGCCAGAGAAAUCCAGUAACUUCCCUGACAGCUGAGGCAGCCAGUCUCUAAGUACACAUGUCGGCUUUCAUCUACUCUUUCUAAUAGUUAAAGUGUUCUAAGUGUCUUUGGUUAAUGUGAGGAUUGUUUAAGGCAUUUGCUCAUGGGGUGGAUCCAUGGGAAAUAGGCUUCAGACAAACUUCCGAAGCCAGCCAACCAGCAGUGUUUUUUCCUCUUCUCGGUAGUAUAGCCCUUUCUUGUUUAGUAACUUAAUGGUAUAUUACAAUAUGUAUGUGUAAGUGCAUAUAUAUGAGGCGGAAUUCUUUUCUUCAUAUCCAGAAAAUCCUACUGUUUCCCAUGAGCUUUCUGCUUGGGAGGGCUGCAGGGCUCCCCAGAUCAAAUGCUGUUAUCUGUUCUAGCAGAAUGGCCUCCAGGGCCUGGCACAUUCCUCUGAUUCCCCGUGAGGUGAGAGGUCCUUGUCUUUUGAGAAUGGAUUUAAGUUUUGGAAAUAAUCCCAAGUUGUCCACAGCACAAGUAAAAGAACACAGAGGGCAGUUAAUCAGAAUAAGAGUUCCAGGGUCAGGGAGAUGAUUCAGUGGAAAAGGGAUUGCCACCAAAGCCAAGAUCCCCAGGACUUGUGCGGUAGGAGGAGGGAACCAGCUCCUGUAGGUGGUCCUCUGACACACACACACACACUUUCAGAAGACUAAGACAUGUAGGAAGAGUUGUUUGUACACGUGACCCCUAGGGCCUCGUUUUCAAGCCCCUUUCUCUUGCCAGGCCUCAUGCGCUUUCAGUCCACUGCCCAUGCUACAGCCCUAAGUACAUAUUCAUUAGUGCGAACACCCAGUAGGGGUUCUGUGAAAUGGAGAUCUAAGUGCAUGUUAUUGUCGUGUGUGCUGUGACUGAGGUGUGUCCUUUGCCCUCCCUCCAAGACAGUGCAUAGCCAACAGCUUCUAGAUUCAGCUGCUCCAUUUCUGCUGCCUGCGUGUGUUUACUCGUGACUUUGCCUGUUCUCACGCACACACCUGUGAGUAUUUAUUGCCAAGCAGUAUGGGACAGACUUAUCCACAGUUCUUGUAUUUAAAUGUUUUCUAGGAGGGCCAGUGGCGCCUCCUCCUCACUGAGGCACUGACAGAAUCGGUGUCAAAUUCUGUGAAACAGGGCCAGCACAGGCACCAGCUUCAGCCUGACCGAGUGCCCUGGGCCACUGUCCUUCCCACUUGCCUUGUGUGUGUGUGUGUGGCUGUGGUUGUGUGUGUGUGUCCCUCCCCUGUUCUGGGGGCAUGUGCCGCACUGCCCAGCAGGCUCUGGUGUCCACGUUUAUCUUUGGCAUCUUUGUGUCACUGGAUUAUAUUGAGAGGCGGCGUCCAGAUCCGUCCAGAUGGGUCCAUGUGCAGAGUGGGCAGUCCCCGCUCAGCAGUGGCUGUGGACACUGUUGGUCAGCCAAAGAUUCUCCUGUUCUUUGCUGCUUAAAUUUUGUGCCUUAAUAUUGUAAAUAAUAAAUGGGUGGACAGCAGGUGGCUCCUCUUUC